AUUGAUGGCCCUUACUAAUAGGGUCUCUUAAGUCACUAGCAAUUUAUUGAAGUGCUUCCUCUUUCAAUUGUCUUUCUCAGAGAUUUUUUACAGUAAGUGCAUCCUCUUCAAUGUGCAGGUUCCUGACAUUGAAGGAUCAAAGGAAGACCGAUGUGAACUUACCAGAACUCCUUAUGGGAGACUGUUUAUUAAUGAGGAGAUAAAUUCAUACCUCGAAUCUUUGUUUGAAAUGAUUGUUGCUCGGGGACCCAGUGUUGGGCUGAAUGUAUCAUUGUCGCGCUUUGAUUUCUUUCAUGGUCAUGUCUUUCUUGGCAGAGACUCUGGAAGACUUGGGAUCUUGUUCCAUGCUAAGGAGUAUCCAGCAUAUGAUAAGGAGGUCUUUCCUUGCAACAUGGGCUACUGCCAAAUAGGAACUAAUGUUUCUUAUGACGAUUCAAUGAAUUUGCGUAACAUAUUGUGGCUAGCUCCAUUAGCUAGUAACUCCUCAAAUGAAUGGUUAGCACCAGGAGUCUUAGUUGUCCUGGAUCCACGUCCAACUGGAGUCAUAUACAAGGACCUCAUACCCGAGUAUGUUCAAAUUGCCAGGACCCUGUAUGAAGAUGAUUUUGGGGACGUUGCUUUUGAUGUUAACUACCUAAACACAGGAGGUGAACCACCUAAGUUUCAAAUUUUCAUUUGCUGACCUCUUUGGAAACGUUUGACUGUCAAUUUGCAGUUUCACGAAUAUUUGAUUCUAGCGCAUUCAAGUGGAUGGUUGUUUGGAAAAGGAUUUAUUUGACGGGGAUAUUACUAUUGUAAUCGCGAGUCUUAGUCAUUUAGUUUGUGAGGGGAAAUCCUUAUGACAAAUAUCCUCUCUGGAUUAUACUGUGAAGCUUGGACAAUGAAACAAUGAUUGAACUGUGGGAUGUAGAGUAGGAUUUGUGGGUUCAUAGAAACCCAAUAGCUUUGUUUAUUCCACGUUUAUAUGAUAAGAAAUCCAUUAAACAUUUAAUAUUUAAUUGUAAACUCAGUUAUUA